AUGGCCCAAGGCGCCGUAAAACCCAAGAAACCCUCUGCGGUAUCAGCGGGCAGGAAAGCGAAGCCUCAGCCGCCGAAGACGAAAAAAGGCGCGCGCGUGACGAAGUCGAAGAGCGCGUCGGCCGCGGACAAGCUGCAAAAGAAGCUGGCCGGGGGGCUGGUCGCCAAGACGGAGAAGCUGUUGGGGGAGCGAGCGGGACACCUGGAGUUGAUUGGGAAGGGGAGGGUGAAGGAUAAAGAUGGGAAAGGGAAAGAGGAGAAUAAGUCAAAGGCUAGAUACGAUAUCAACUUCGUUUACGUAUCCUUCAAGGUAUACACUCUUAGCAGGGGUUAUCCUGGGGUUAUCCUAGGGCUUUCCGGCGGUCCAUGGCUCCACGACGAGAUGGCGUCAACUACUAUCUUCUGCGAGGGGAAAUGCGCUUCAGACAGGGACCUAGAUUAG